AUCCCCUUAGAAUCCCAGACCUCUGUGUGUGUGAGUUGUGUUGUGUUCUGGCUUUGUUCAAGCUUGGCUUUUCCCCAUGGAGAACCUCCCGCUUCAGCUUUUUCCCUAUCACGCUCUCACACUUCUAUUUCUCAUCACCUCUCUUUCGUUCCCUCUCACCCAUCAACUCCCAGCUUCAUCAUCCCUCAAGACUGAUGCACAGGCUCUUCUCAUGUUCAAGAAGACGAUCCAGAAGGACCCUGAUAGAGUCUUGUCCACGUGGCAGCUCAGCAGAGAUCCUUGUACCUGGUAUGGUGUUUCCUGCACUGCCAGACGUGUCACUCAGCUUGAUCUUAGUGAUAAGAAUCUGGUUGGGACUUCUUUCAGUUCCUUGUCCUCUUUAGAUAUGUUGUCUGUGCUGAAUUUGCAUUUGAACUCUUUCCCUGUAAAUUCCACUUCUCUGCUUGACCUUCCCUAUAGUCUGACACAGCUUGAUCUGUCCUUUACUGGGGUUUCAGGUCCUCUCCCUGAGAAUUUUUUCUCAAAGUGUCCUAAUCUUGUCAUUGUCAAUCUUUCUUACAACAACUUGACAGGUCCUGUGCCUGACAAUUUCUUGCAGAAUUCUGAUAAGCUUCAGAAUCUCGAUAUCUCUUCAAACAAUUUGACAGGGUCGAUUUCAAACUUGAAAAUCGAGUGCAAUUCCUUGUUGUUUCUUGAUCUUUCUGGGAACCAUUUAUUUGAUUCAAUCCCGUUUUCCUUGUCAAACUGUACCAGUCUUAAGACUUUGAGUUUAGCACAUAAUCUGAUUUCAGGGGAAAUUCCAAAAUCUCUGGGACAGCUUACCGACCUAGAGACAAUUGAUCUUUCUUAUAAUCAGAUCACUGGUUGGAUUCCUUUUGAGUUGGGAAACAUGUGUGCUAACCUUAAAGAACUAAGAUUUGCCUUCAACAACAUUUCGGGUUCAAUUCCACCUACCUUUUCUUCUUGCUCUAGCCUGCAGUAUCUUGACAUAUCUAACAACAAUAUGUCAGGGCCAUUACCAGAUAAAAUCUUUCAGAACCUACAAUCCAUUCAGGAAGUGCAUUUGGGAAACAAUGCUAUCUCAGGACCGUUUCCUUCUUCAAUAUCAUCAUGCAAAAAUUUGAGGAUUUUGGACUUGAGCUCUAACAAAAUCUCAGGAUUUAUUCCUCGAGAUAUAUGUCCAGGGGCAGCAUCACUGGAGCAGAUUAGAAUGCCAGAUAAUCUCAUCACAGGAGAAAUUCCCGCUGAGCUAUCCAAAUGUUCACAGUUGAAGACAAUUGAUUUUAGUCUGAAUUAUCUCAAUGGCUCAAUCCCUCCAGAGCUUGGACAACUUGAGAAUCUUCAGCAGUUGAUAGCAUGGUUCAAUAUGUUGGAAGGAAAAAUCCCACCAGAAUUAGGUAAAUGCAAAAGUCUGAAGGAUCUUAUACUGAAUAAUAAUCAGCUAAGUGGUGAGAUUCCUGUUGAGUUAUUCAAUUGCAGCAAUCUUGAAUGGAUUUCACUGACAAGUAACGGACUCACUGGUCAAAUACCACGUGAAUUUGGCCAGUUGACUCGGUUAGCAGUUUUGCAACUUGGAAACAACAGCUUGACAGGUGAGAUACCAGGAGAGCUAGCAAAUUGUAACAGUUUGGUGUGGCUGGACUUAAACAGUAACAAACUCACUGGGGAGAUCCCACCAAGACUUGGCAGGCAACUUGGGGCAAAAUCAUUGUUUGGGAUUCUUUCAGGCAACACACUAGUGUUUGUAAGAAAUGUGGGGAACUCAUGCAAAGGAGUUGGAGGUUUGUUAGAGUUUUCUGGAAUUAGACCAGAAAGACUUCAGCAGGUGCCAACAUUGAGGACUUGUGAUUUCACCAGAUUGUAUUCUGGUCCAGUUCUGAGUUAUUUUACCAAGUACCAGACUUUGGAGUAUCUAGAUCUUUCAUACAAUGAGCUUCGGGGAAGAAUCCCAGAAGAAUUCGGGGACAUGGUGGCCUUACAGGUUCUUGAAUUGUCUCACAACCAGUUAUCAGCAGAGAUCCCCUCGUCACUUGGCCAGCUUAAGAACUUAGGCGUCUUUGAUGCAUCACAUAAUAGGCUGCAAGGUCAUAUCCCAGAUUCAUUCUCAAACCUUUCGUUUCUGGUACAGAUUGAUCUGUCUUACAAUGAGUUAACUGGGCAAAUUCCGUCUAGAGGACAACUAAGUACUCUUCCAGCCAGCCAGUAUGCAAAUAACCCGGGACUUUGUGGUGUUCCACUGCCUGAAUGUCAGAGCGAUAACAGCCAACCAACAGCAAAUCCAAGCACAGAUGACAACAAAGAAAGCCAUAAGGGAGCAGCAAGAUCAUGGGCAAAUAGCAUUGUCAUGGGAGUUCUUAUUUCCAUCGCUUCUGUGUGUAUCUUGAUUGUGUGGGCAAUUGCAAUGCGUGCAAGGAGGAAGGAGGCCGAGGAAGUUAAGAUGCUUAGCAGCUUGCAAGCAUCUCAUGCAGCUACAACAUGGAAAAUAGACAAGGAGAAAGAACCCUUGAGCAUUAAUGUGGCGACAUUUCAAAGGCAACUGAGGAAGCUUAAGUUCUCACAAUUGAUUGAAGCAACUAAUGGCUUCUCAGCAGCUAGCCUCAUUGGGUGUGGUGGGUUUGGAGAAGUGUUCAGGGCCACACUAAAGGAUGGUUCAAGUGUUGCAAUAAAAAAGCUCAUCCGAUUGAGCUGUCAAGGUGAUCGAGAAUUCAUGGCAGAGAUGGAAACCUUAGGGAAGAUCAAGCAUAGAAAUCUUGUCCCUUUAUUGGGAUACUGUAAAGUUGGUGAAGAGAGGCUGCUUGUUUAUGAGUACAUGGAAUAUGGAAGCCUUGAAGAAAUGCUCCAUGGCAGAACAAAGACACGAGAUAGGCGAAUUCUGACAUGGGAAGAAAGGAAGAAGAUUGCAAGAGGUGCUGCAAAAGGACUUUGUUUCCUACACCACAACUGCAUCCCACACAUAAUACACAGAGACAUGAAAUCAAGCAAUGUACUGCUUGACCAUGAAAUGGAAGCCAGAGUUUCAGACUUUGGAAUGGCAAGACUAAUAAGUGCACUUGACACCCAUCUAAGUGUUAGCACACUAGCAGGAACACCUGGAUACGUUCCACCAGAGUACUACCAAAGUUUCCGGUGCACUGCGAAGGGUGAUGUCUACUCCUUUGGGGUUGUCAUGCUGGAACUUCUUUCCGGGAAGCGCCCUACUGAUAAGGAGGACUUUGGUGACACUAACUUGGUGGGAUGGGCCAAAAUGAAGGUGCGUGAAGGGAAACAGAGGGAAGUGAUAGACCCUGAUUUACUUUUGGUGACUAAAGGAACAGAUGAAGCAGAAGUUAAAGAGGUGAAAGAGAUGAUCAGGUAUUUAGAGGUAACAUUACAAUGUGUUGAUGACUUUGCUUCCAAGAGGCCAAACAUGCUGCAGGUAGUGGCCAUGCUGAGAGAGUUGAUGCCUGUAUCAGCAGAUGGAAGCAGCAACAGUGCUUGAAAUUAUCAUAUCAUUGUCUAUAAAUAUGAUAAGUGAAUUAAGAUGAUGAGGCUUGUAAGAUUUUCUCUAAAUCUGUUAAUGAGUUUCUAUUGCCUAGUUUUUCAAUCACUUUCUCCAUUUGUUAUUUUGUUUACUGCCAGGUUAGUAUUGAACCAGUUCAACCAUUGUAGUAAUCAACUGAGAUAUAAAAUCAGAAUAUUAGAUCUAUUAAA